UUUUCUUCCCACGAUCUCCCUAUCACACAGGGAUUGUCAUCAAACUGUCCCUGCCAUUGGAUUUUCCAUUUUUUGUAUUCUUUGUGUCAACACUCAAACAAUUUUUGAGAUCUCGAAAAUGAAGCUAGAGCUUCAACCCAUCCUAAAGUUCUAAAAUUACUCAACUCUCCAUUACUAGAACAUAAAGUUUAUAGAGAAAAUUAGAUGGGGAGGCCUCCGUGUUGCAAUGAUAAGGUACUUAAUAAAAGAUGUAAUUGGAUGGAAGAGGAUGCAAACACAUCUACAUUUGUCUCCAAGCAUGGAAUUAGUAAUUGGGCAACCAUGUCCAAGAAAUCAGGAAACGGGAGAUGUGGGAGGAAUCAGAAGCAUAGGUGGAACAAUCGUCUGAAACCUGAUCUUAAGCAGGACAGCUUUACAACCCAAGAAGAGGAACUCAUCAUUAAGCUUCAUGCCACUAUAGGAAGCAGGUGGUCCAUAAUAGCACAACAACUUGCUGGGAGAACAGACAACGAUGUGAAGAACUUAUGGAACACUAAGCUGAAAAAGAAGCUCUCUGCAAUGGGGAUCGAUCCAGUCACUCACAAGCCCUUCUCCCAAAUUCUCACUGACUAUGGAAACAUCGGUGGCUUUCCGAAAGCCAGAACUCGUUUCGUGUCUCUUAACAGAGAGCUAAAGGGUGCAUUUAUGUCUAGACCAGAACAACUUCAACAUUCUUUAGAAAAUUUUCAAAACUUCAACAGCCAUUGUGUGACAACGAUUAAGCUACCAAAAACUGAAACUUCAGAAGAACGUUUCUUUAACAACAAUCAGGCUUCUGUUGAUCUGCUUUCCGAGUUUGAAGCCAUAAAAUUUGUAACAGAGUCCUCAAAUUAUAAUUCCCAAAAGGCAAUUUUCUCCAAUUCCAACCCCAUAAUUGACUGCUCUUCUUCGCCAUUAUCAUCGUCGUCAUCAUCAUCUGGAUCUCAAUCUUUAACCGAAAAUCAAGUCAGCUGGUGUGACUAUCUUAUUGAUGAUGCGUUUCUUCCAUCAAAUUUCAAAGAUCAAGAAGAUACAUUAACCACAAAAGAAAAGCUAGUGUGUUCGGGAGCUCAAGAUGGGCCAAACAACAUGUCAUCGAUGAAGGAUUUUGAUGCCUCGUUACCUACAAAGGGUUCAUCAUCAUCAUCGUCAUCAUUUGUUGAAGCCAUGCUAGAAUGUGAAAAUGAAAUGUUCUUGAACUUCCCUGGCCUCUCUGAGGAUCCGUUUUACUAGUGACUAUGCACUAAUUGAUGAACAAGGAAUAGACUUUAGCAGCAAGCAUAGUACUGCAGAUUACAAUUCAGUACAUUGUUUAGUGUCCUAAUUAAUAGCCAAGUUACUGUAAUUUCUCCCAUAGAUCUUCCAAAACGAAAAAGAUCUAAAAAUAAUAUGAAUAGUGUUAUAUCUACUUUUUACUAUCAAUUUGGGAGUUGGGACUGGUCCAAGCUUUUGCUGUGAUACAUAGUUAAAUUAUGCCAGUCUAACAAUUGAAUAAGAAAUGCAUAAAGUUGUUCAA